AGGUUUACCAAAACAAGAAAAUUUGUUCAUCUUAAAUGAAGCUUUGAUAUCCUUUUUUAUUGGAAAGCAUCAACUUCUUCAAUAAUUGUUGGAGAUUCUAAGCAGAUAAUCAUAAAAUAAUUUGUCAAAAUUUAAAAAAAUUAGUAUCUUAUCAAAUCUUAAUUCAAGUAAUCAUUGUUCAGGAACAUGAGUGGAUUUUACAAGAUAGAUUUUCUGGACGAGGCUGCUUAUUUCUUCUGUUUUUAGUUGGAGAAUGCUCCAGGCAAUCUACCACCGGCUCAGAAGGCUGCAAAGGUAAAGUACAAUGAAGAAGUUGGGGUAGUUUUCCAAUAGACCAAUGUGAUGAAUUCAUCUCCGGAAAACUAAAAAUGCACGAGUAGCUCGUCAAUUUCGGACAAUUCUUUGCGCUUGCCGCCCCUAUGGAGGGCUGCAAAAACCCAGAUGCCAUUCAUGUGGGCAUUUUGAGAUAGAAAAGAGAAGUGAAGAAAGGGAACCAUGGUUAGGCCAAAAUUUGUGUUGACACUUUAGGAGUAGUAGCUGAAGAAUGCAAAGGUAGCUUGCUAGCUUUGGAUAGGAGUCUCGGUGAUGAGAAAUUGGGGGAACCAUGUCACACCUGUGGCACAACAAACCAUACUGUCAAAGAUUGUAGUAGUUUCUCCAGAAAAAAUAUUUUCGUGGUAUUGCACUGUUAUCCUUAUGAGUUGGACGUUGCUUUGUUUGGCUGAAGGCAAGGUGCAUUACUAUGACUUUCAUCUAAGGGAGAAAAACUUCACAAGACUUUGUACAACCACCAAUAUGUUGGUUGUAAAUGAACAGUUGCCCGGCCCAACCAUUUAUGUUCAAAAGGGUGAUACUGUAUUUGUUAAUGUCUAUAACCAUGGUUUCUAUGGUGUCACAAUUCACUGGCAUGGUGUAAAGCAACCCAGAAAUCCAUGGAUGGAUGGUCCGGUAUACAUCACACAGUGCCCAAUCAAACCAGGAAUGAACUUCACAUAUGAAGUCAAAUUUUCGGACGAGGAAGGGACCCUUUGGUGGCAUGCUCAUAGUGAUUGGACCAGAGUUGGAGUUCAUGGUGCCAUCGUCAUAUACCCCGAGGAAGAAGCCACUUAUCCUUUCCGGCAUGAUGCUGAAGAAGUACUUGUUCUUGGAGCUUGGUAUACCUAUGAUGUGAACUGGCUGGUGAUAGAGUCAGACGGUAAAACAGAACCAGUCUCCGAUUCUUACACCAUCAGCGGUCAACCUGGAGACUUCUGUCCUUGCUCUCGAGAGGAGACAUACCAUUGGGAAGUUGAGUAUGGCAAGACCUAUCUUCUUCGGCUGGUCAACGCAGCACUAAAUGCUGAAUUGUUCUUUGCAAUAGCUGAACACAAUCUGACUGUUGUUGGAAUGGAUGGAGCAUAUCUGAAACCUUUCGAGUCGACCUAUGUUGAUUUAGCUGCGGGACAAACUAUGGAUGUUUUGGUUACGGUAAACCAAUCACCUGGUCAAUAUUACAUGGCUGUAAGACAAUUGUUCACUGGUGAAGCUAGCUUCACUAAACUUGACAAGUCAAAUGUCACAGCAAUUCUACAAUAUAGUGGUAGCCAUACUCCUCCUAUGUCGCUGCCUUAUUUUCCCAACACCCUUCCGGGCUACUAUAAUAUACAUGCUGCAAUGAGCUUCAGGAGCAAAUUAAAGAGCUUCUUUCCCCAGAAUGUCCCUAAAAACAUAACAACUCGCAUGUUCAUCACAGCUAAUCUGCAAGAGUACAUGGUUAACGCCACCAGCAACUAUUACAUCUCAACCUUCAACAACAUAUCAUGGGUCAAUCCUGAUGUGGACGUCCUUCAAGCUUAUUACUAUAACAUGAGUGGAUUUUACACUGUAGAUUUUCCUGACGUGCCUCCAACUUUCUAUGAUUUUGUGGCAUACGAUUUGGGUGCCAAUACCACAUUCGGAACGUUGGGGACAAAGGUGAAGGGGCUAGAAUAUGGUGAAGAAGUGGAGAUGGUGUUUCAAUCGGCUAACUCUAUGAAUGCAUCAAUGGAUCAUCCAAUGCAUCUACAUGGACAUAGCUUCUAUGCAGUUGGAAGUGGUGAUGGGGACUUUGAUUUUGAGGAGGAUCCGAAAACCUACAAUUUGGUUGAUCCACCUGCACUAAAUACAGCCACCGUACAAAAGUCAGGAUGGCUUGCAAUUAGAUUCAAAGCAAAUAAUCCCGGAGUAUGGCUGUGGCAUUGUCACUUGGACCGACAUUUGAGUUGGGGAAUGAACACUGUGUUCAUUGUGAAGAAUGGUAACACUCCUGAGACAACAAUCCAAGGACCCCCUUUUAACAUGCCUGUUUGUGAAGAGAAAACAUCUAUUAACCUCAAGAGGCUAAAUGAUUCGCCGUUACACUCUGAAUCUGAAGCUGUAUAACUUCGGAUGCAGUGUUAAUUAUUGGAACAGAAGCAGGUGAAUUGACAUAUAUGAUAUUAUAUAAAAACAAGGUCUAAUCUUGUUUUAAAAGAAAUUUUCUUUUUCUUUGGAAAUUGAGUAUAAAGAACAUAGAAGAUUAAACAUAGUACAGGAUUCAUGUUAAAGCAUACAAUCACAACCUUACGUCUCUGCAGUGCUCGUUGGGGGCUUUGGGGAAAUCAAGCAGGUGAAUGAAUGCAGGCAACUGGG